AUGGUAGAUAUAAAUUCCAUUAAAAAAACAAGUGUAGCAAAUGAAUUUUUAGUGCAGAGCACAAGACAAGAUAAUAUUUACUAUGUCAUUAAUAGUGGAAUGGGUGUAUGCACUUGUCCAGUUGGUGCAUCUGGUACUCCCUGCAUGCAUCAGGGUGCCGUCGCUAUUAAAUAUCAUAUAGCAAUGUUUAACUUUAUACCUUCACUAAUACCCGAAGAUCACAUAAUUUAUUCAUAUAUCGCGCUUA